GCCGUCCUGUCGCUCGCUCGCCCCGCCGUCCUCCUCAUCGAGCACGAGCGACGACAUGUCGAACGACACCGAGUGGACGCAGCUCCUCGCCUGGCUCGCCACCUUUCCAGGCCACGUCGAUCCAGAAAAGCAUGUCAAGCUCGUCCACAACGCCGCUGGCCGAGGUCUUGUCGCUCGUGGAGACGCCAAGCCCAGCACCCUCCUCAUCUCGAUCCCUCAUGCCGCCCUCCUCAACCUGCGCACGCUCCGACCGCUGUACCCGAAACCCUUCCACUCGCUCUCGGCCACCCAGCUCCUGUCGCUCCACCUCGCGCGCCAGUUCCGGCGACACCUGGCCCCGUCGUCGUCGUCUUCGCAGAAGCGCGAGCCGCACGACAAAUGGUGGCCCUUCCUCGCGACGCUCCCGCGCCAGUUCGCCACAGUCCCGCUGUGGUGGGCCGUCCACAGACGCAGCGCCGAGUCGCUCGCGGCCGACUUCCCGCUCGACCCCGACGCGCGCUCGGGCGCCGGCGCCAAGGGCAAGGGCAAGGCGGGCCCGGUCGACCCGUCGCUCGCCGAGCUCGCGCACGACAGUGUCGAGGCGCGCCAGGCACGCAGGACGAGGGCGACGCGGUACGCAGAGCUGAGGGAGCUCAUGCCGCACGGCGUGCGGCGCAGGGCGGUCGAGAUUGAGCGGCGCUUUGCCGAGGACUGGGCGGCCGUCCGGCGGGUCUGGAACGCGCACGGCGACGGCGUUGGCGGCGACUUUGGCGUGCUCGACUUUGCGCUCGGGUUCCUCAACGUCAACACGCGCUGCAUCUGGUUCAACGUCGACCCGGGCAACAAGGACAACAACCUGACGCUGUGCCCGGUCAUCGACAUGAUCAACCACGCGCCGCGGCGCAUGACCAAGCCCGAGUCGCUCCUGUCGACCCUGUCGUUCUCGUCGCCGACCCACUCGUCGUCCGACCCGGCACUGCGAGACGGCGACGAGCUGUGCUUCUCGUACGGCCCGCACGAGGACGCCAUGCUCCUCGCCGAGUACGGCUUCGUCGUCGGGCGCUCGAACGAGCACAACGCGGUCGAGAUUGACCGGUUCGUCGAGGCGCUGUUUGACGCCCAGGGGCGCGAGGGCGAGCUCAAGCGGCAGGUGCUCGAGGACGAGGGCUACUGGGGGGACAUGACGCUCCAGUCCGGGCCCGAUGACUCGGCGUCGGCGUCGUGGCGCGUCCUCGUCGCCUUGCGUCUCCUGCACCUGCGCCUCCCCUCGCACCUCGCCGCCUCGACGUCGCUGUCGCUGUCGCUGUCGGGGCACGACGCGCUCGCGCCGUGGCAGCACGUCGUGAGCGGCGCGGCCGAGCGCAUCUCGGUCGGCAACGAGAAGGUGGUGCAGGGGACGCUGCGGGGCCUGUGUGGCGCCGUCGAGAAGGAGGCGCUCGCUGGGCUCGCGAGGUGCGCCGAGGUGAGGGCGAGGUGGGACAAGGAGGCGGCGGCGGCGGCGGCGGGCAAGAAGGAAGGCGGCGAGGAGGUCGACGAGAGCGGCGCCAGCCUGAGCAUGCUCGAGACGGUGUGGCGCGAGGAGGCGCGGAUUGCGAAAGCGGUUGGAGGGUCGUAGACGUGCUCGCAAUAGACCUAGACGCC